UCUGUUAUUCGGAUCUAAAAGAAGAAUGAACAAAAACAGGGGAAAAGGCUCUGGUGGGAAACAAAAGAUUUUGAAAACAUAAAUUUUCAUUUUUGGGGGUUUUGCAGAAAAUAUACUUGGGAAAGUCACUCAAGUUUACAUUCAAUUUCUGGGUUUUUGUUCUAGAGAAUUAUCAGGAAAAAGAUGGGGUUGAAGAUAAUGGAUGCUACCGUUGCAAACUUCAAUGGGGGUUUUGAUAAGUUUGCAAAGGAAGCUGCAAAUAACAAAGUUAAUCUCAUCCUCUUUUUGGGUGACAAUGAUCCUUCUACUAACCUCAGUUGGUGUCCUGAUUGUGUGACAGCUGAACCAGUGAUUUUGAAGAAGUUGGAAGAAUUUGGAGAAGAUGUAAUGCUUUUGAGAGCUUAUGCAGGAGAUAGACCAACUUGGAAUAACCCUCAGCACCCUUGGAGGGUAGACUCGAGGUUUCAGGUCAAGGAUGUUCCAACCCUUAUUCGCUGGGAAAAUGAUUCUGUUGCUGCGCGUCUGGAGGACUAUGAGGCUCACAUUGUAUCAAAGAUCAGUGCUGUCCUCGGUGAAUCCAAGUGAUCAAAUGUAUGUUGUUUAGUUGUAGAUGCAGAGUUUUUCAACUAAUGCACCCACCCCACCCCUUAGAAAUAAUAAACUUGUUUAGUGGUUGGGUUUUAGUCUGAACAAAACUCGAAACAUAACUGAUGUCUGGUUGCCAGUCUGCUGAGUAAUUUAACAAUGUUACUAGCUGAUGAAUGUUUAGAGUUUGCAUUUUAUCCUACCUAACAUAUAUUGUUAA